AUGGUGAACGUUGCAGCGGUUCGGGAAAACCUCUCGCUGGCCACCCAGUCGACGCGGGUGGCUAUGCGUUGUUUGAACGGAGGACGAGAUUCGCAUGAAUCUUCAUUGAGGGCUCUGGCACUGCUGACAGACAUUCUGGAUCUGCUUUAUCGAAUUAAGGAUGAGAUCUCGUGGGCGGAGGAAAAAUGGUUCGUGGCUACUGCCCGUCUCAGAGCACUCGCCGAAUUGCUUGCGCUGUUUGGGUCAACCAUGAAGUCCGUCGAGCUCUACUUCCAACCUGGUGGUGUCGGAGUGUUUUAUUUCCGGAAGAAUCUGCUGGAGAAAACAUACCUUCCCCGGUUAGAGCAGUACAAGAUCAUGUUUCUCUUGUCUAUGCAGCCGGACUCAGAAAAUAUCGUGAAGUUGAAGCUGCUUAUAUGGAAUUGUGGUUUGACCAGUGAUAUAUUUGCAGCACAUUCCCCCGUGGACUUCCAACUUGAAGAAGAAGCUUUUAGCCUAUCAAGCGGACUGGCAUCAGCGCAUUUUAUAAAGCUUGCGGACCUUUGCAACAGACGCCAACAAGGCUCAUGCGCAUGGAUUUUUGAGAAUGUCCAUUUCAAGCAGUGGUUACUUGGGUACUUCAGGACUCUUUACUGCAUUGGCCCCCCGAUUAUUGAUUAUAUUCAGCGAACAUUUACCUCCCCCGACGUUGCAACGGUGUUUGUAUUUUGCCAGGAGGAGAGUGGAAAAGACCGAACAUCGACCGAUCUUUUGAAAAAUAUUCUGGCGCAGUUGGUAUACCGGAAGCGCGAAUUUUCUCAUGCAACGUCGUCUCUCUACCACUCAGAGUCCAUCACCAAAAGCUGUGCAUCUCCAAAGGCAUAUCACAACGCAAUUCGAGCUGAGAUCAAUCGCUUUUCCAAGGUCCUACUUGUCAUUGACGGACUUGAUAUGUUUUCAGACAAGGAGCGCGUCCUAGGAAGACUACAAAAGCUCCCCCAGCAAACCCAACUUCUAGUCACUUUACGUGAAAUGAGUGGUGUGAAACCUUUAGACAAUUCUCGAUUCGUGAGCGUAUUGGCACCUCCAGAGGAUAUUGGGAUCUACGUACUUUCUCGCACACAAACCGAUAAAGGGUUCAAGUCAAUUCUUGGAGAAGAGUCUACAGAUGAGGAACUAGAGGAUGUAAUUGUCAACACCGUCAUUGACAAAUCUCAUGGGAUAUUCCUCCUUGCAAAACUCCAAAUUGAUCUUUUGUCCCAAUACACCGAUCGAAGUCUUCUUGAAAGAGCUCUCAUGCACUUGCCGGAAAGCCUAGGAGAGGCAUACGGAGAGGCCAUGAAGCAUGUUGUCAGCCAAAAUGCAUCUGCGACCAGAUAUAUAUAUUGGGUGCUUUACACUUUUCGGCCACUCACGGUUUCGGAAUUAAAAAGCGCCGUCGAUGAAGAUGGUACACCUGAAAAUCCAGAAUCGGUGACAUUCGAACAACUGCUACAGACCAAAUGUGCGGGUCUGCUUUCUGUGGACGCGGUUUCAGGUGCUAUACGCUUUGUCCACAGGACUGCGAAAGAGUAUCUUGACGGAUCAGCAGCUCGAGUGUUCUUUCCAGGGGCUCAGAAGGACAUUGCAGAGGCUUGCCUGACUGCAAUUAGUCUUGAUGAAGUAGUGGAUGAAUGCUAUAAGAAGACCGACAACUCAUGCCGCAUCGCAAAGAAAGGCUUCCUCAACUAUGCCGCAGAAUAUUGGGGACUGCAUGCCCGAGAGAUUGAUGAGUAUGAGCAAACAGUACAAGUACUGAUAAAAACAUUCCUCAACAAACUUCUCUGGAGGCGGCCGCCCCUCGACUAUGCGAUGAACUUGAAGAGUGGCAUGCCAGCGGAACUCGGUCUUGGCAAGUAUCCAAACGAUUGGAGUGGCCUGCACGUCCUGUCAUUCUUCGGAGUUCGAGGGAAAUCGAAACGCCUUCUUGAGCAGGGGGCAAAUAUCAAUGCUCAAGAUAACGCCCUGGGAGUGAGUCCUUUACAUUGUGCAGCAUAUCAGGGAAACGAUGAAAUGACUCAAUUCUUGCUGGAUAACGGAGCCAAUGCCAACGCGACUAAUGUUCAAGGUCGCACUGCCCUUCACUUUGCAACGCAGAAUGGUCAUCGCAAGUGCAUGAAGUUGUUGUUUUCUCAUGCUGAGCUUGAAACUGCUGAUCAAUCAGGAGCAACUGCUCUUCAUGUCGCUGUAGGGACGGCGACCGAUGAGUCCACGGUCCCGUUGUUGGUCAAACACAAGGUAGAUGUCAAUUUUCAGAAUCCCAGCACAGGAAACACUGCGCUUCAUUUGGCCGUUGAAUGGAAACGACCUCGAAUCAUCUUGUUUCUUAUUGAGAAAGGCGCGUCAAUUGACAUUCCCAAUGAUGAUGGAAUCACUCCUCUUCAGUUAGCCGCCAGUAUGGACAACUGCGAAGCAAUCUCUCUACUUCUGCAACGCUGCGCUAAAGUCGAGGCAAGAUCCCUUACCGGUCCUACAGCUUUACAAUUUGCUGCUUGGAAACGACACUGGGUUGCAUUUGAUCUCCUUAUAAUCGGUGGAGCGGACAUCAAUGUCUGGAACAAACAAGGCGAAACGCUUCUCCAUGAGCAGGCCCGAUAUUCAUUCAGCAUUGCUCUUGCGUCUAAACUCUUGGAGCAGGGAGCCAACAUUGAAGCCCGAACAUCCCAGGGACACACUCCCCUUCAGUAUGCGGCAAUGUCCGGAAACAAAGUCAUGUUUUAUUACCUGCUCAAUCGAGGUGCAAAGAUAGACGUUGAGACAGCAAAGGGCGAGACGCUUCUCCACAUGACACCACCAGUCAACCAGGAGUGCAUUGACAUUCUGAAAACCGGGUUGGAUGAGGGAUUGAACGUGUCCGCAAGAUCCAGUCAAGGCUGGACACCUCUUCACGAAACUGUUUAUACGGGAACUGGGGCGAUUAAUUUAGAAUCCGACAGGACUGCCGACUACAUUCGACUUCUCAUAAAGCAUGGUGCUUCGAUUAACGAAUGCUCGGCAUCAGGAAGCGCUGAAACACCAUUGCAUCUUGCGACAAUGUCACCCGUACCCCGACCGUCUCUUGUAAAAUUCUUGAUUGAACAAGGGGCAAAUAUCAAUAGCGUCACCCGUGAGGGAAAGACUGCUCUGCAUCUCGCAGCCGAGCGUGGACGAGAGCCAAUAUUUCGCCAGCUACUUGAAGCUGGCGCCGACUUGAACGUCAAAAUUCCUUUUGACGAUGCGUCUGUUGCGAAUGGGGAGAAGGCCACAUCGACCAUAACAGCAUUUGAUCUGGCCAAAAAAAACCCACUUGGGUUGUUGUGGUUUGAUGAUGAGGGGCAGUUGCUCCCAAAGCCACAAAAAGGUGGAAGAGACAGUACAGCAACUAUUUUCGAGGAUGUGGAAUCGGAUGUCGGAGAAUCGGAGACUGGUGAAUCGACCUUGGUUGGAAGUGAGCAACAAUACAUAGCGGUAUGA